AUGUCUGGAGGUGAGGUUUUAUAUGAGUUUAAUGGUGGAGAGCUACACUGCGUACACCCCGAGUGCCCCAAACCUACUUGUGACGAGCCAAGAAUCAUCAAGGGCCAGUGUUGUCAGACAUGUGACGAAUUCGGGCCGGACAGCCCAGUCAGAGAGGGCCCCAAACCGUCGGGCUGUGACCUUGAGUGGGGUCACUACGACCACCUGGACGUCUUCCCGUCCAAUCGGACGGCGCUCAAGCCCAAGCCUGGCCAGUGCGUGCUGUGUCUGUGUUACGAUUCCAAGUUGAUCUGCCAUUUAAAAACGUGCCAGCCGACGUUAAAGUGUCCGAACCUGGUCGAGAUGGACGACGAUUGCUGCAUGCACUGUGACGUCACAGACGCAGGUACCCCAGGAAACUCUGCAAAAACAAAACAAUCCUCAGGAGAUUGUGUAUCGUCGACCUCUGAGGUCCACGCCAAUGGCAGCACGUGGAACCCUGUUAUCUUCUCCUUCGGUGAGGUCAAGCUGAAGGGGGGGGGGGGGGAGGUCAAGUGUGUCCAAUGUCGGUGUUUGAACGGGAUCAUCGACUGCUACAGACUGCAGUGCCCAGAGGAAUCGACCCUAAAGUGCGAUAAUCCCCAGCCCGACCCAGACGGGUGCUGUAAGGAGUGCCCCACGGAGAAGCAUCGCCAGGUCAAAGACGGUAAAAUAAGGAAGGGAGCGAACAAGAAAAAGCCCACUAAAGGGUCGAGCAAGCCCAUCUUCAGUACUAGUAUGAGCUUGAAUGACGUCAUCGGUAAACUGUGCCUACCCAAGGGAGCUGAACGUGUUGUGUACUACACAAAGGGGGAUAAUUUUCUUACGCUGGCCUUUGAUGACCCGAAGAAAAAUUUGAUUGAACAGAUGCAUUGGGUGAUUAAAAGAGGUCGGGUUCAAAGUUCAGUGAACAAAAAGGUUACUGACACGGUCGGGUACCGCAAGAAAACGACGGUCGCCGACAUACUUGGUGUUAUAGACAAAAAAAAUUUGAAAAGAUUUUUGCGGCGAUUAGAGAAGCGACAGGGCAGUUGCCCCAAGAAGUGCCGGCGGAAGCUUGUUGAGAACGCCAUCAAAAAAAUGCCGGUCAAAACUCUGGACUUAAAGAAAAAGAAAUGCGCUGCCUAAGUCAUUGGUCCUCGACAGCAGCACAAUCAUAAGUCACCUGAGACAUGCUGACUUGAGGUGGUUUGUCAAAGAGAUUUAUGACUUCAUUGACACAUUGUCCAAUUCUGAGUCAACUGUUGGAGUGAACUAUUGAAAACAAACAACAACGUAGGUAAAAUUA